AUGGAGGGUGUAGGAGUACAAGGAAAAGCACUUUUACUGCUACUACUGUGCAUUAUUUUUGGGAAUGGAGUGGUGGUGAAUGGAAAAGGCAAAAGUGUUUCGAUUGAGAGGGAAAGGGAAAUAGAGCAGAAGUUAAAGCAACUUAAUAGGCCUGCAGUGAAAACUAUUCAGAGUGAAGAUGGCGACAUCAUUGACUGCGUCGACAUUCACAAGCAACCAGCUUUUGAUCAUCCCCUACUUAGAAACCACACGAUUCAGUUGAGACCGAGCGACGAGGUUCUGAAAAUAAUAGGCGCAGAUUCGUCGUCUUUUUCUUCUUCCGGUUCUCCAGAAGGGCCUAUACAAACGUGGCAGAAGAGCGGGAGAUGCCCCGAGGGGACUAUUCCGAUGCUGAGGGUCGAACGACGCCACUUGCUCAACACUUCUUCCAUCAAGAACUACGGGAAGAAGCCGUGGCAUGGCGUAACCAACCACAGGAUCCACACGCUUAAUCAAUCGUUAAAUGUCGAAAUCUCAAAACUCCACCAAACUGCAGUGCUUGUGGCGGAAGGUUUUAGCUACAUUGGAUCCAAAGCAAAUCUCAACUUAUGGAAGCCAUAUGUUGCGGCGCACGACGAGUAUAGUUCGAGCCAAAUUUGGAUGCGUAACGGCCCCUUCAGCAACGCCGACUCCUUGGAAACUGGGUGGAUUGUAUAUCCUGAUCUCUACGAUGACUCCGAAUCAAGGCUGUUUGUCUAUUGGACUACUGACUCUGGACAGUCAACGGGGUGCUUCAAUUUAAUGUGCCCGGGAUUCGUGCAAACGAACCAUGACAUAGUCCUAGGCGCCAGAUUCAGCCCCAUCUCUACUGAUGGUGGCCCACAAUACCAAAUAACCCUCACAAUCACAAGGGACUACGAUAAAUCGGUAUGGUGGCUUGCUUAUGGAAAAACCAAUCAAACCACCAUAGGUUACUGGCCGGUGGGGAUCUUUCGCGGCCUGAGUAAGGUGGCGACCGUGACGCUGUUCGGAGGCGACGUGUAUAGCCCGCGAAUGACCAAAACGCCGCACACAGACACCGACAUGGGGAGCGGCAAGUACCCGACGGAGAAGUGGAGCCACGCGAGCUUCGUGUCGGAGGCGCGGAUCAUGGACUACUCAAAGAGCUUCAAGUUCCCGGACCCUGCAUUCCCAUCGAGCAUGCAUGAUGAAUGCUAUGGGGCCAUUAUCUACGGCGACAACGCGACGGAGCCCAUCUUCUACUUCGGCGGACCGGGUCGAAACGACCAAUGCCCGUAG